AAUAUCGUCAAAUGUCGCGCACUGAUCAUUUCGAAUCUAUAAAAUUAAAUACAAGUGUUACACAUAUUGAAAUUCUUGUGAUUGAUACAAAAUAAAAGGUGUUUUUUCGGAAUAUACGUCAUUGUAUGAAGUGUAUUACAAUGUUCUCGUGAUUUUGGUGAAUGUGUUGAGACAAUGGUGUAUCGAUUAUUUUGCGCUAACGAAAUGUCAUCCCGGUGCCGUAGUGUUAAUAUUAGAAGUCUAUGUUUGUGACCACUAUUACUAUUGUCUAGGCAUCUACGCGUUUUAUAUUGAGCAUGCAGAACUUGAAUUUAGAAUAUCGGCAGAAAAGGAAAAUUGUGCUCAAAUUUAAACACAGUAAGUUGCUUAUUUGAACUGAUAACAUAAGUAAAUUGUUUCAACAUGGCCAACCCAAAUCGUGAAAGUGUUAGCACUCGUUUCUCGGAUAACUACGAUCUGAAGGAAGAAUUAGGAAAGGGAGCGUUUUCAAUCGUAAGACGUGCUGUACAAAAAUCGACUGGUUACGAAUUUGCUGCCAAAAUAAUUAAUACUAAAAAGCUCUCAGCUAGAGACUUCCAAAAGUUGGAACGUGAAGCAAGAAUUUGUCGAAAACUGCAGCACCCCAACAUCGUGCGACUUCACGACUCCAUCCAAGAAGAACAUUUCCAUUACCUCGUCUUCGAUUUGGUUACUGGCGGUGAAUUGUUUGAAGACAUUGUAGCACGCGAAUUUUACUCUGAAGCUGACGCAUCUCACUGUAUACAACAAAUUUUGGAGUCUGUACAUCACUGCCAUCAUAAUGGAGUUGUACACAGAGAUUUAAAGCCUGAGAAUCUCUUACUGGCUAGUAAAGCCAAAGGUGCUGCUGUCAAAUUAGCGGAUUUCGGCUUAGCUAUUGAAGUGCAAGGUGAUCAGCAGGCAUGGUUUGGUUUUGCCGGUACUCCGGGUUAUCUCUCACCCGAAGUUCUCAAAAAAGAACCUUACGGCAAACCAGUAGACAUUUGGGCAUGCGGCGUGAUUUUAUAUAUAUUAUUGGUUGGGUACCCACCUUUUUGGGAUGAAGAUCAGCACCGACUUUAUGGACAAAUUAAAGCUGGAGCUUAUGAUUACCCAUCGCCUGAAUGGGAUACUGUAACGCCUGAAGCAAAAAGUCUGAUUAACCAGAUGCUGACUGUCAAUCCCAGCAAGAGAAUUACGGCUUCGGAAGCAUUGAAGCACCCAUGGAUCUGCCACCGCGAGCGUGUCGCGUCCGUCAUGCACAGACAAGAAACUGUGGAUUGCUUGAAGAAGUUCAAUGCUCGUCGCAAGCUGAAGGGCGCCAUCCUAACUACCAUGUUAGCUACUCGAAACUUCUCAGGAAAAUCUAUGGUAAACAAAAAAGGCGAUGGAUCGCAGGUUAAGGAAUCGACUGAUAGCAGUACUACGUUGGAGGAUGAUGACUUGGACAAGGACAAGAAGGGCGUAGAUAGAGCGUGCACCGUGAUUUCUAAGGAACACGAUGAAGAAGCUUUAUCAAAGGCUGAUUCUUUCGGAAAAGCUCGCGGCGACAGCAAUGCUUCACUGCGACGGGCAGAAGUCAUUAAAAUGACUGAAGUACUCAUUGAUGCCAUUAAUAAUGGCGACUAUGAUACAUAUUCCAAGUUGUGUGAUCCUAAUGUUACUGCGUUUGAUCCUGAUGCACUAGGAAAUCUAGUGGAAGGUGUAGAGUUCCACAAAUUCUUUAUUGACAACACUCCGACUCACGUCAAAACCAAUACAACAAUUUUAAAUCCGAGAGUGCAUCUUCUCGGCGAAGACGUAGCAGUAAUAGCGUAUGUAUGCGUGACACAAAGUGUGGAUGCUGAAGGCCGACGAGCUACCCAUCAGUCUCAAGAGACUCGUAUUUGGCACAAACGCCACAACAAGUGGACAGCGAUACAUUUCCAUCGCUUAACUAGCCCCUCUCCCUUUAAAAUCCCUGAAGCCAAAGGAGAAAGGUCUCACUAAGAAAAAUUUGUGCAAUGGCGACAUCAAUGCAACAAAUGUACGCGACUUAAAGCAUUAGACACAUUUGGAGACCAUUUUAAAUGUAUCCUUCGGCAAAGGUAUAAAAAAAUACUUAUUAACCAAUUCUAUGAAAAUUUCACGAAUUUUAUUAGAACGUCUUUAUAUCCCUGAAAAUUAAGUUAAUACCUUAAAAAGUCUAAAAUUAUUAUAACCACAUGAUUAUGAACAACAUCAUAUAACCACAGUUCGUUUUCUAGAUUGAUUCCCAAAGUAAAGUUUAUCCAUGUGGCUAAAAUGUGAUACAAUUAAAAAAUAUCCAAUGCUUUGUGCUAGUUAUAUUAGUGUACAAAAUCCUAAUCUCGGCCACGAUCGAAGAUGUCAACGAAUAACGAGACAAGUUGCUGAUCAACAGUAUAAGAAAUCUCAAUCAAUAUUGGAUCUGAUAGAAAUGAAUCUACUUUAUAAGUAAAUAAAAUCAACAAAAAAAAUUCAAGGUUUAGAAUUAUUACUUAGCACAUUUCUCAGUAAGUCUCUCUACAUUUUUAACUAUGAAUGUUUUGUCGUGCUUAAAAAUGGUGUUCUAUUUGUUAUCAAAUACCUAGUUAGUAAGGUUUAAGUAACUAAUAAAUCAUGCAGUUAUUGGCACUAUGAGUCUAUCUUACGGUGAGUUAACUUUCUAGUAGAUUAUUAAAUUUUAACAUUUUAUCUACUUUAGACUAUCAUACAUAACUGAGUUAGAUUUGUUUUCCACUAGUAGCAACUUUUACUAGUGCGGAGUCCUAACUUUAUUACAUUUUAAGUGGAUUGAUAUCAAUUUUGUCAAUUUUUAGAUUUUAAUGUUGUUAUGAUUGUUCCGCUUUUAGCUUUCUUACUUACACAAGUAACUUAUCAAAGGUAUCCUACGAGAUAACCGUAACAGUGUUAAUUGAAAUUGACUAGCGUGAUUCUAACUAAUAUGUUAGUGUCCGUUAGUCGAGUUGCAUUGAUUUACAAUUUGAAUUGAUAAGUUACGUUACUGAUUUUGUACCUGAUUAUCAUGAUCAAUGCCAUUAAAGUUGAGAAUAUAGCUAAUUGUUUUAAGUGAUAACUGUGCAAGAGAAAGGUCUGAUAGGUCGUUUUUCUACAAAUUAAAUGUACUUAAUCAUUAUGAGGAGCUUUGUCAACCGUGAUAUUAAUGUAUAAAGAGGUGCGUUUUUUGCACAGUUUCACUUACGAAAUGUGCUCUAUUGGAUCUGUAACUGUAAGUCUGCAGUAAUUUCAGUAUUUCCUAGAAGUAAAAUUAGAUAUAAAUGACAUUUAACCAUGUUUUUUACAAUUUUGUAAAAUAUUUUAGUAUAGUUAGCAAAACUUACGUUAAUAAACAUCAAGGGAAUUGGAAUUGUAAUUAAUAAAAUGGAUCGCAUAAUUAGUAAAUUGUUGAAGUGAUAGUUUCACUGUAUCCAGAGUACAUAGUUGUGCCAUUAUCAUUGAAUUUAGUGCCAAUAACUGUAAAACUAAAAAUGUAUUCUAGUCUUUAUUGUUACGCAUAUUUAGUAUUUAAUCGACGUUUUUAAAUUAAUUUUGAACAUAUACAUAAAUAGUAACUUACAUUGUGUAUAUAGAUAGAUAUUGAUUUGCACAUUGCAUGUUUAAAAGUGUCGUCUUUCAAUACCUACUAUUAUAGAGCUAAUAUUAAUAUUUUUUCUUGAAAUAACUUAUUUACGUGCGUUAUCUAGUUCCCUUAAAUUUAUUUAUUUAUCAAUAUUUUUGUUACUGGAUCUUGAUUAAUGUUAAAUUAUAUAAAAUAAUAAUAAAUACCUAUAUACUUAAAUGUCACACAUGUAUUUAAAUAUUGUUGUUUGUCACACUCUGAAAAUAGGCGCAUGUGCUGUGAAUAAUUUAUCAUUGGCCAAUAGUAUUUACCUAAGAGAUAAGUUCGUUAUUUUAGGGGAAAAUACAAGGAGCUGAAUCUGGUCUAGAAAUAUAUGUAAAAAGGUAGAAAGUGCCUGAAAAUAUCUACCUAUCUCCUACCUAAGUAUUACGUAGGAACUUAUGUCCCUACACCACGAUAUAGGUACGAAUUCUAGUCCACAAAUUAUAUUUCUAGAUUGGUAUAGCACUACCAAGCAUAAUACCCAGCUUUGUACGAAAAACCCAAUAACAUACCUAUUUAACUCAUUAGUUCCUACUUAUUAUCUGUUGCCAUCAUACAGGAAUAGAUAGAAACUAGUGUUUGAUAGGAGAACACCUAUUCCUGAUACAGAAUCUCAAUACAGGACCAUUAUUCCACUAAACUCAAAAUUUUAUUGGAGCCUAACUGAAUGGUAAAAUUAAUAGUUAAUAAAAAUAUUAUGAUGGUUAAUUAAUAACUACUUACUUACCAACCAUCUAAAAUAUUUUAUUGAUCUAAAAAAAAUCAUCUCAGUAUGGUCACAACUAACUUAAUAUCAAAAAUUUCAUAUUUACAAGCAGUUAUUAACUAAAUAAAGUAAUUAUGUUUUUUUUUUAUCCUAGUAAAUAAAUUGUUGUUGAAAGUUCAUACCGAUUUAUGAAUACCUACCCAGUAUCAUAAAUUUAACUGAUAGGUACCAAUUUCCAAAUAUUAACCCAAAGAUAAAUACAGGAUGCACAAAAUGUAUCAUGUACCUACCUACCUUCCAGAUUUUCACUAAAGUUCUCCAUUUUAAAAAUAAUUUAAUGUAUUUUGUAUUGUCUUCCCUUUACAGUUUUCCAAAUAAACAUCAAUAAUUGUGAAAGGAAACUUACCAGCUUCAAAUUACCUUUAAUAGUUACAUACUUUGAAAUUCUGAUAGCUCUCCGCAAAUUGUUAAUAGUGCACUUUUACCUGUUUGCAUGCAUUUAUCUCACUGGCUUUUACAUAAUAUAUAGGAGAGCUUUUUAAAUAUUCCAACUUUUUCUAUUGGCUGCUUUUUUUAUUACUAACUUAAAAAAUAAUAUACUAUGCUAUAAAUUUUAAUUAUUAUUUUACAUUGAAAAUUAUUGUACUUACAUAUUUUAUAGUCUGGGUUACCAUUAGAAUAUACAUGGUAUGUUCUUAGUCCAGCAUUGUGUCGGACAAUGGCACGAUGCGGCUAAAUAUAAACCGUGUGUGAUAGAAAUGGUUUCCUGGUGUUAAGUAAGCAUGUAAUGUGGGUGCAGUGCAAUGUGGAAACAAAAUAAUUCAAAGUAAAUAUAAAUUACAUAACUAAUUAGGAUGAGUAAUUUCUGUUGUAUAUUUUAAAUAUAUUCCUCAUGUAGUAUCUUGCUGGUAAAAUUCUUCAUAGUGUAAAAUUUUGACCAUUCAGCUAGAUAAAGUUGUGUUAUUAUUAAUAUUUUACAUAAUAAAUUAAAUAAUAUAAGCAAGGGUAUUGUUUGUAAAUCUAUUAACAGCAUUAUUAUUGAAGUUAUUAUUAGGCUAUUGUAUUGGGAGAAUGCAAUGUUUUUAGUAAAAUUUAUUAAUCAAUAUUGCACCCUUGCUUGAGUAAGCCGUUGAUGUUAUUUUGUAUGUUUUAUAGAUUCAUACUUCAAUGCACUACAAAUAUCAUUUAGUAUUUGCUUUUUAUUACAAUAAAGGCUAAGUUUGUUGUAGAAUAAUUUCCAUAUGUGAAAGUGUAGGUGUAUUAAAGAAUUGUCGGUAAAUAUA